GCCCCGCCCUCGAGCUGUGACACGUGACCUCUAACCUUCGGUUUCACGUGGUUGAAUCGAGGAGGAUAGAAACGCGUGGAGCGACCGGAGAGGAGCGAUGAAGAAAGCAGGGGGCAAAACAGCGUUGAAGAGGAGUAAAGAAGGGGAUGAGGAGCAGAACCAGAUCUUCAACUUUAACAGGAAACCUGCUGAUGAAGAUAAGGAUGAUGAUUUAUCAGAUAGCGAGGACAGUGUCUACUCAGGACUGGAGGAUUCUGGGAGUGACUCUGAGGAGGAAGAGGGAUCUGAUGAGGAAGAGGGAUCUGAUGAUGAUGACGACAAGAUGAAGGAAAAAAAAGAGGGAGAAGUGAGUGAAGAAAAGAAGAAAGAUGAGUAUGAACACGAUUCUUCAGAUGAAGAGGAUAUCAGGAACACAGUGGGGAACAUUCCUAUGGAGUGGUACAAAGAUUUCCCUCACAUUGGGUACAAUCUGGAUGGGAAAAAAAUCUACAAGCCAAUAAGGAACAAGGAUGAGCUUGAUGACUUCUUGGAUAAGAUGGAGAACCCGGAGUACUGGAGAACGGUGCAUGACAAGCAGACAGGAAGUGACAUCGUGCUGUCCGAUGAUCAGGUGGAGCUGGUGAACCGUCUGCAGAGAGGACAGUUUGGAGAUGUCAACUUCAAUGAGUAUGAGCCAAUGGUAGAAUUCUUCAGCAGCGACGUGAUGAUUCAUCCCGUCACCAACAGACCUGCAGACAAACGCAGCUUUAUCCCCUCGCUCACAGAGAAGGAGAAGGUGUCCAAACUGGUCCAUGCCAUAAAAAUGGGUUGGAUCAAACCCAGGCGGGUAGAGGAUGAUGGCAGGGGGCGGUAUUACAACUUGUGGGCCAGCGAAGACUCUUCCAUUCUGGCCAGACAUAAGAUGCACCUGCCCGCCCCCAAAAUCCCUUUACCUGGUCACCAUGAGUCCUACAACCCACCGCCCGAGUAUCUGUUUACUGACGAGGAGCGAGCACUGUGGGAGCAACAGGAUCCAGCAGACAGAAAGUUGCCGUUUGUUCCAAGGAAGUACUCGAGCCUCCGUCAGGUUCCAGCAUUUUCUCAAUUCAUCCACGAGAGGUUUGAGCGCUGCCUGGACCUUUAUCUGUGCCCACGACAGAGGAAGAUGAGGGUGAAUGUGAAUCCAGAGGAUCUGAUUCCCCAACUUCCCAAACCAAAGGACCUUCAGCCAUUUCCCACCACACGGUCGCUGGUCUAUCGAGGUCACAGCGGUCUGGUUCGCUCUAUCAGUGUGUCUCCAUCGGGACAGUGGCUUGCCUCAGGAAGUGAUGAUGGCUCUGUCAGAUUCUGGGAGGUCUGUUCGUCUCGUUGUAUGAAGACGGUCCAGGUGGGCGGAGCUGUGAAGAGCGUUGCCUGGAACCCAAAUCCGUCUGUCUGUUUGCUGGCUGUUGCCCUGGACUCUGUGGUCUUGAUCCUGUCUCCCUCUCUGGCAGAUAAACAGGUCAUCUUGUCGUCAGAACGACUCCUCAGCGCCCAGCAGGAGGGGGAGGAGCCAGCAGAAGGAAAUGGGUCUGUUGUCUGGAGCGAGGCUGAGGGGGAAGAGCUAAACCAGGGGCUCCGCCUCAAAAUCCAACACCCCAAAGCUGUUCACCAGGUGGUGUGGCAUGCUAAAGGAGACUACCUAGCAUCAGUGAUGCCAGAUAACACAAGCCACCUGCAGGUGUAUAUCCACCAGCUGAGCCGGAGGCGGAGUCAGAACCCCUUCAGCAGGAACAAAGGCCUGGUCCAGUGCGUAUCCUUCCACCCAAUCAGGCCCUAUUUCUUUGUGGCCACACAGCGCUCGAUCCGCAUCUACAACCUCGUCAAACAAGAAAUGACUAAAAAACUCCAAACCAACUCCAAGUGGAUCUCCAGCAUGGCUGUCCAUCCAGGAGGUGAUCAUGUGAUCUGUGGGAGUUAUGACUGUAAGCUGAGCUGGUUUGACCUCGAUCUGUCAACUAAACCCUACAAGAUGCUCCGACACCAUAAGAAAGCAGUGAGGGGUGUGGCCUAUCACAGACUGUACCCGCUGUUUGCCUCGGCGUCUGAUGAUGGCUCAGUGAUAGUCUGUCACGGGACUGUUUACAAUGACCUUUUGCAGAAUCCACUCAUCGUCCCAGUGAAAGUCCUCAGAGGUCAUGUGAUGACUCAUGAUCUUGGUGUUCUGGAUGUGACCUUUCACCCCACGCAACCCUGGGUCUUCUCCUCUGGCGCUGAUGCUACUAUCUGCCUCUUCACAUAGCAACAUGCUUAGCAACCACAGAUGCCGUUUUUCUAAUGUUUUUACUUUCAGACACAAUGUCUUAACAUGUGACACCAUGAGUCCUUGCCUCACUGGUCUCCUUGCUGUGAUGUCAGUUCCUUUUUGAAUAAACUGAACUGUUUUUGAGUGUA